AGGGAGCGUUUGAAGUUUGUGCAUUUUGUUUUCUCUUCUAUCUGCAUUCUGCGAGCGACAAUGAGUUCUGCGGGUUCCGGCAGAGGGAAGCCCAAGGCCACCAAAUCCACAUCCCGAUCUCAAAAGGCUGGCCUGCAAUUUCCGGUGGGCAGGAUCGCGCGUUUUCUUAAAGCAGGCAAGUAUGCCGAUCGCGUCGGCGCCGGUGCUCCGGUCUACCUUGCCGCCGUUCUCGAGUACUUGGCGGCGGAGGUAUUGGAACUGGCGGGAAAUGCUGCUAGGGAUAAUAAGAAGAACAGGAUUGUGCCUCGCCACAUACAGCUAGCGGUGAGAAACGACGAGGAGCUGAGCAAGCUUUUGGGCGACGUUACCAUUGCUAACGGCGGCGUUUUGCCCAACAUCCAUCAACAUCUCUUGCCAAACAAAUCAGGAAAGGGGAAGGACAUCGGUUCUGCUUCACAGGAAUUUUAAUUUUCA